AUGGCACUCUUACACCAGAACUCACUACCCCGGACUCUUGCUGCGAUGGAGUUCAGUCCAAAUGGUCGAUACCUUGCGACUGCCACAGAAGAUUUGAAGGUGACCAUAUGGGCUAUGGAUUCGCGGAAUGUGGUCCGGUCAUUUACCGCCGAAGCGAUGGCCACGAGCCUGAGCUGGCAUCCCCAUAAAGAUGUUCUUGCUUGGACAGAUAUGCAAGGCCAACUUGUCCGCUGGGAAUCCGUCAUUGGUCCCAAUCUUCCGAAUGGCUUCGAAGAAUUGGAUAUUCAUGCAAAUGCGACGAAGGAGCAAAACACAACCCUGGAGAGUGAUCUCGAUGACCUUUUUGAUGAUGGUCUUGCAGUCGAUGAUGACCGAGAUUCAGACUCACAUCGAACAACGCGAGGGCGUCCAUCUCACCUAUCAUUCUCUGAGCAGACUCUCUCCCAGCCUACGUUUCAACCAGGCUCAACACCCAUGGUUUCACAACGACGAUACCUUUGCUUGUCGCCAUUGGGCGCUCUGAUUUCUAUUGAUCAAGAUACCCACCAAACAGUGGUGUUCGAUUCAUACGACACGUCGGCUCGCCGAAACUUCCGGUUCACAGACCACUAUGGCUACAGCCUGGCCAGCGUGGCACCCCAGGGAAUUCUUUUUGCUUGUCCAGCUGAAUCCAGCAGCCCUAGUUCUGUGUUUUACCGACCGUUUGAUGAUGUUCCAGGCAUUCAGACUGAAUGGACGAUAAACUUGCCUCCGGGUGAGAAUGCGGUCGCUGUUGCCCUGGGUGGUAUUCCCAAUGUGGGUUCUCAUGCUGAUAUUCUUGAUGGUCCUCAGGGUGUGGCGGACGAAUGUUUUACGUCCUAUGCGAAUGCGGUUGUGGCCACGACGAAAGGCUUUUUACGCUUCUUUGGUCCUAGUGGAAUGCAGCGUUACGUAUGGGCCCUAGGUACAUCUGUUGUUACAUUGGCAGCUGGUGCACAUGGUUUAUUGGUUGUCUACAAGUCAGGCUUUGUCCAAGCUUCCCAUCUGCAUUUGGAGUAUUUGCUUAUCGAGCUCUCGCAGCUUAGUAUUAUGCAGCAAGGUAUCCUCCCAUUGCCUCAAGAAUCGACAUUGACGUGGGCUGGCUUCAACGAACUUGGCGUACCCGCUGUGUUUGACUCCACUGGCGUUUUGUAUGCCCUAGAUCGCGCUUGGCGCCCAGGUCAGGGACGUUGGGUUCCAGUCCUAGAUUGCCAAGUUGCGCUUCAGCCACAGACAGCGUCAGAGGAUGCCUCAGAACCUGCUGCGCCGCGUGCCCGAUGUUGGCCCAUUGGUUUUACAUCCACACAUCUUCUUGGCCUCUUGCUUCCCUUGUCACAGCGAUUCCCACAAGCCACGGGCCCUCAUCCAUUGGUCCAGGAACUCGAAUUUAGCUUGUGCGUGGCGCAACGCGACGGAGCUUCAGCACCCCUCGAGGAGCAAGCUCUAAGGCAGUCCCUUCUUGCUGGUGCCAUUCGCGAUGGGCGUGCAGCCACAGGCACAACAUUAAAUGCAUCUCAUCGCACUAAUGAGAGUGAUCCUGCAUUAUUAGACAUGGAAGCAGACAAGGCACUAUUGCAGCUUGUACAGCUUGCCUGUAAGGCGGAUCGCUAUGGCCGGGCGCUGGAUGCUGCCAGAUCUCUGCAUACAGAGACGACACUUGAGGCUGCUUUAAAGAUCGCCCAUUUCUUCCAUUUACCUAGCCUGGCCGAUCGAAUGGAGCAAAUUCGAGCCCCACUCAUCGACCGUCAACAACUUGCACCUGAGAUAACUGAGCGGGCUUGUGGUACGGAUGCUCUUCUUCGUAAUGUUUUGCGUGUGCGAGUGCCUGAGGCACCGCAGACCGUCGUCCCUACCGAGCGUCGUACAGCUGCGGAUGAGUUGCAAAAGGAUAGCUUUGAGGCGCCCGAAAAACGAUCAAGCCGCACCUCCGUGCUUGCACUAGAAGGGCUCGCUCACCUUCAAGCCCCUGACACAGAGACCCCGUCAUCUCUGACACCGAGUGAUUGGUCUUUACCCCCCUUGAGUGGAGCAGGCCCUCUAUCAGAAUCUACAUCUAGUAUGCCGUCAGCCCCAACACGGAGCAAUCCUUUUGCGCGCACCCAAUCUAUUGCAAAGGAGCGUCACUUGCAGAAAAGUCAAUCCUUCUUUGAACGUGUCGAAGCGCCAAAGCGCAAAGUUGACGAUGAAAAUCCAGAUCGCUCUGAGAAGCGCACAGCUUCUAGGCAGUCUACCUUAGCUAAUUUUGCGUAUAAGGCGCCAGAGGAAGACAGCAGUUCAUAA